AUGUUCUCCUCGGGUGGACUUUCUCGCCGCUACUCCUUGCAGGUCGGAUUGGAGCACGAUGCGAGUACUAGUUCUUUGUCCUUUUACGCAGUCGACAUAUGUUUCUUUGAUUUUAGAAGGAGAGCAGGAUAAGCUGUAUAAGAAGUGAUUAUAGAGAUAGAGAACAAGAUGGAGUAGAAUGCUUCAGCAACAGGUCCAAUCUCGCUGCUGAUUUACUGGCGACCAACACCACGUUUGCAAAAGCAAAUCCUUGCACUAACCAUCUUUCCAAAUUCACUGCAAAAUUGAAACUUCCUCCAGUCGGCUGUGUCGACAACGUCUGUUCGUGUUCUAACGGUGUCGGGAUAGUCGGAUCGGAUCCGCGAUGCGAUGCUCCUGGAAAGGAGGUUUGCGUAAGCUGCGAGCCCGACUUUCAGCUCGUGGGUAUUGAAUGCCUUGCCAGUGGCUGUUCUUGCAGCAACGGCGUGAAGGACCCCUACUGCACCUUGGACCAACCGGAGAUGUGCCUGUACUUCAGUGUAUAGCCGGCUUGUUUGUUUACACUAAGUGGAGGGCUUCUAUCAUGAUUGAAAUAGUUCCCGUUCGACAAUGUGCGAAAACCUCUAUCCGAAUUCUGCUGAGAAUAUGUGAAUGUGACAGUACUACUUCGUGAUUGUAGUAGAUCAUGUUGCGGAGGUACAAAAUUGGCGUUGUUUUUCGCAAUGACAGGUCUUGCGAUACGGAUUUCGAGUUGCUUUUACCAGAAAAGAUCUGUGUCGAGGGGGGCAAGUGUGUGUGCGAUCAUGGAACUCCGACGAAGACUCCUGUGUGCCCGCGUUCUGGUGAUAAUUACGGUCUUUUUGCGCAUUUCCAUCAGGAGCUAAGUAGCCUAACGGCACGCAUUCGCCUCAUUCCUUCUUGACCACCUCGUCCUCUUGUCAACGGGGAUAGAUACUAGAAUGAAUGAAGCGGCUACAUCACUUCGUUCUAAAAUUUGUUCUUUUCACUUUCAACUUUUCCUACUCGACGAAAUAGUUGAAAAUGAAAACACAUUUUGGCAGAAUAGCAACAGCCCAGGUGAUUGAUGCGCAGCUCCAGCUUCUGGGGACGGAAUAAAUGGAAUUGCGCAAUGUCUAACAUUAGGGGUGUCGCAGUUGCGAUGAUGGUUUCUAUCUCUCGGAUGACGCGACCGAAUGUCUUUUCGAUCCCGAUAGCCAGAAUCCGACACUCACUGUUCCCUUCUCGUUCUUGCAGACCACGACCGCGACAAGGGCAGGAGGUGACGCAGAGGAAGAAAAUCAAAAUGACGCAGUAGAGCAAGAUGAAGUGGACCAGGCAGCAGCUGCAGAUGAUGAUGUUGAUGAUGUUGACGCCACCAGCAGCGUGGUACAAGAGGUAGCUAGCGGGGACAAUGUUGACCACGUUGCUGAGUUCGAGGAAGAUGAAGAUAGCACCGAUCCUGUGUCUGAUAAACAAGAUGACGACAUCGACAUCGAGGCUCACGAUCAGCAGAGCAUCAUUCCUGGCGUCAGUGGAGAUCUUGUCCUAGAAGAAGCACACAGUGAAGCAGAGGAGACAAAGCAAUCUUCGGGAAAGGAAGGCGCAACUUCUUCGGAUAGUAUUGCGAACGAGAUGGCCAGCGAGCAUCCGUACGAAGCCAAGAUUCAGCGU